GGAGGUCACGUGACGGUCGCGGGUGCCGCCGCCGCCGCUUUGUGAGCGCACUGGGCAGAUUUUGUAUUUUGUACAUACAUUGUUUUGUAUAUACUGUAUAUGAUGACUUCGGUGGGCAGUGAACGUACCCGGGGCACUCGGGACAAAAUGCAAAUUUCAGCGACACAGCCAACACAACCACAGAAACAAGUAGUUCAGGCAACAGCAGAACAGAUUCGCCUCGCUCAGAUGAUCUACGAUAAGAAUGAUGCAGAUUUUGAAGACAAAGUGAAACAACUUAUGGAAGUGACGGGGAAAAACCAGGAUGAAUGCAUAGUGGCACUACAUGAUUGUAAUGGGGAUGUGAACAGAGCAAUCAACAUACUGCUGGAAGGAAGUUCAGACACGACUUCUUGGGAGACUGUAGGGGGAAAGAAGAAAAGUCUUGGAAAGGAAGGUUCAGAAAACAAAGAGAACAGAGAGAAACGAGGGGACAGAGAAGUGAGUCGCGGACGGGGAAGUUCCAACAGACGGGGAAGAGGAGGCAGCCGUGGACGAGAGUUUAGAGCUGAAGAGAAUGGAGUGGACAACAAUCAAGGAGACAGGCCUUCAGACCGUGGGAAACGUGGCCGUGGGAGAGGGUUUGGACGUGGCAGAGGGAGAGGAGCGGGGAGGUUUUCAGCCCAAGGCAUGGGGACAUUUAAUCCUGCAGACUAUAUGGAGUCUUCUGUCACUGAUGGCUUUGGGACAAAGUCAGAGAUCUGGGAGACUGGUCAGAAUGAUGCAGAUGAUGGAACUGGAGCAUGGAAAAACUCAAUAGAAGAAUGGACAGCAGAAGAUUGGAAUGAAGAUCUUUCUGAAACAAAAGUCUUCACUGCGUCUUCUGUUCCAGCUGAAAAUCAUGUGACUCCUGGGCAAAGCAUUGAUUUGGUGACACUGCUUCAAAAGCCGGUGACAUCUACCCAAGAGACAGAAAGCAACUCAUUUGAGUCUCCCCAGCAGCAGACCUUUGGCCAAGCCUUAGUAUUCACAAAUUCACAGCACAGCACCCAGAUGGCAUCAGGAACAGGCAGCUCCAGUGCUGUAAACUCUUAUUCUCCUCAAAGUCUGUCGGCAGUUCUUUGUUCUGGCUUUGGAGAGCUCAGAUCCUCUAAACUGGCAAACUCUACUGGGUCCCAAAUCUUAGACCAAUUGAAAUCACCAGGAUUGGGUCAGUUUACCUCUCAACAAACCAAUAGCAGUUCUGCAACCACUAGCACAGUUGCUGCAUCAUCCUGGGAUCUAAAACCACCUAGUACUCAAUCCUCAGUCCUCAGUCAAUUUGACUUUAAAUCUCAGCCUGAGCCAUCUCCAGUUCUGAGCCAGCUGACCCAGCGGCAGCAACAAAUGCAGGUGGUUCCUGUUCCUCCUCCUGGGCUGGAGUCCUCUCAGAUAAAGCUCCGAGAGCCAUCACCAGUAGACACCUCUACAGCUGUUAGCAAAAUAUUACAGCUCCCUGCUAUCUCUAUGGAUAACCAGGCAGUGACUGUUCAUCAAACCCAGCAGAAACAGAUCAAACCACCAAAAAGGAGGAUAACUCCAGCAUCCAAGAUUCCUGCCUCUGCUGUGGAGAUGCCUGGAUCAGCAGACAUGACAGGGUUAAAUGUUCAGUUUGGAGCUCUUGAGUUUGGAUCAGAGCCUACACUCCCAGAGUUUGGAUCAACUUCAAGCAGUGAGAGUACCAGCCAGGCGACCAACAAUAGUUUAUAUUCAAAAUCUGUAAAUGAUCCUUUGAAUACCUCUUUGCCAAUAUCCAAUACAGUACAGGACUCCACCUACACAACCUCUGCCAUCAGCUCUUCCAGUCUGACCUGCUCAUCCCAGAGCACUAGCCCAGUAACAACUUCCUCCUAUGACCAGACUUCUGUGCAUAGCAGGAUAGCGUACCAAAGCUCCAUGGCUCCGUCUGAACCACCUGCUGUUGCAGUUACGAACGGGCACAGUGGUGUUAGGACACAGGCAGCACUUGACACUACUUCAUCAGCACCCAAGACAGAGCCUUCCCCCUCACUACCUUCGUCUGGUUCUCUGCCCAGUGUGGUGUCCACCACGGCCUCGCUUCUGUCUUCAGCAUCACAGCACGUGGCAGCAUUGCCCAGUUUGCCUCAGUCUAGUGAUCUGGCCAGCAGCUCGCUCUCCCAGCUGAGCAGCUCCCUUUCCAAUCAUCAGAGCAGCCUCUCUCCUGCCUCAGUGUUGUCUUCAAGCACAUCACAUGUGCACACUAGUAUUGAGAACACAACUUCGCUCCAGCCCUCAACAACCUUUUCAACUGCUUCAACCUCAGCCACUAGCACCACCUCCUCGGUUGUCAGCAUGGCAAGCAGUAUGAACACUACAAACAGCCUUGGCCUCAGUGUUACCAGUGUGUCUAUACCAGCUGCUACCACACGGGCAGCUCCCUUAGUGUCUUCAGGCAAAGCUCCCCCAAACCUGCCCCAAGGUGUACCACCCUUGUUGCAUAACCAGUAUAUUGUGGGACCUGGAGGACUUCUGCCUGCCUACCCACAGAUUUAUGGUUAUGAUGAUCUCCAGAUGCUUCAAUCCAGACUGCCAAUGGUAAGUAAAUGACUUGCUUAAGUUUUAAACAAGUUGUCUUCACUGUUGGUCAUUGGUGCCACAUAAAUUUGUUCAUUUAAUGGUGGUUAAGAGCUUUUCCUUAUGUUCUAUGUUCUUUCUUUUUAAAUUUACAUGAUAAUUGUGUAAAUUGAUACAGAGCAACUGUUGCAUGAUACAUUUGUUCAGCUGAAAAUCUCUAAAUAGACACAAGUGUACUCUUUGCUCCUGAGUGGAGAAAUGUCUAAUUUUUGUAGCAACAUUGACAUUUUGUCUAAUCUAGUUAAAGUCUUAAGUGUUUUCUUCUACCAAGACCUAAGGUUGAACAGCUAGUACACAAGUUGGUAGCCAGUAGGUGUAUCUGAGAGAUUUUGGGUGUGCUCAUAGGUAUAGAUCUUUGCAUAUGCAUCAUGACAACAAACGCAGGUGAGCUGCAGGAGGGAGAGUGUGCAAAGUUUUUUUUCCUUAUCUGAAUCCAGAAUACAAAUGACAUAUGAGACAGACUGAGCUCUCAGAUGGAUUCAAAAAAGCCUCAGUCUAGAUUGAAAAGUUAUAAAGAAUUCUCCUAUCAGAAAUCUAGGGUAAGGAACUUGGAGAAAAGGUCUGGUAGUAGGCAGCUCAGAACAGUUACAUACUAGAUUGAUGCAGUGUAUCUGUAGAGAAAUGGAGCAGUGGGCAGUGAUCUGAGAAGACUGGAUUAAUGCCAUAAUGUAAGGCCCGAAUACAGGUAUUCUGUGGAGAGCUUGGAGCAGCCAGAGUCAGAUAGUUUAAAGGGGAGUACAGGGAUGACUCAGACAAUGCCCUGUCAGACUGUGGACUCUGAAUGAAAAAGAACCCCAAAGCUGAGCAAAUGGAUAAAGACUUUUACCAGAGAAAGUCAUGAUACUUGAUGAACUGUCAACUGAAGUGCAUGGAAUUAUUUUUGUGGCAACAAGGUGCAAAAUAUUUGAAGUUGCAGGGCCAGGAGACACAUAUUGUAAUGUAUUAACAUAGGCUACAUGCCUGGUGGCCACCAAGCUGCUCUAUCACUCCCCUCCUCAUCUGGUCAAGGGAGAAAAUACAUCCUGAAAGACAUGUGGAGUAAGAUAAGUACAGGGAGAAAUUAGUCACUGGUUACGGUCAUGUGCAAGAGAGAUGUGACUUGGGGAAAUCAGUUUAACUCAUUAGCAAACAAAUCAGGGCAACAGGCAGGUGGAUAAUGAAAUUAAACCAAAUCUACAGAACACAUUGCCUUCACCUCUCAUGUUUUCUGGGACUCACUUUCAUUCAUGAUUGUCUCUACAUUCAUCUCCCAUGUGGCAUAGGAGGAUAGGGAAUGGGACUGCCUUCUGUGCCAUCGCUCUUCUGCUCCUCCCUCCUCAUACUCUUGCCUGCUCCCGUUUUGGUUCCACAGUCUUCUAAAACUUCAGCACGAGUCCUAAAAUGUUUUAUGCUGGAAGAGGUAAUCUGGUUGCAAGCACCUCUGCCAUGUGAAGGGAAACCUUUUCCUGGACCACAAUGAACAAAGCCCCAUCCAGUCUGGCCUUGGACACAUCCAAGGACGUGGUAAUCUGGCUAACUCUAGGACUUGUUCCAGUGCCUCGCAAUCCUCAUAGUAAAGGAUUUCUUUCAAAUGCCUGAUAUAAACCUACUCUAUUUCAGUUUAGAGAUGCUCCCUGUGGUCCAUUGCCUGUCACUGGAGAUGCUGUGCAAAACUGGUUUUUCUUGGUUUUUUGUAAGGUACACUGAAAUGUUGAAAGGCCACAGUAAGGUUUUCCUGGAGCGGUCUCCAGAAUGAAGAACCCCAACUCUGUGACCUGUCUUUAUAGAAAAAGUGUUCUGAUGAUCUGACUGUGUUUGUGGCCGUCUAGUGGACAUGAUGGAAUAAGUCAAUACCUUCCGUGUCCUGACGCCUACAGAUUUGAAAAUUGGAAAAGGAGGAGGAAAAUACUGAUGAAAA